AUGACUGGCGCGCGAUCUGGCAAACGCGGCACCAAGCGUCAAGGCGAGCGAGCCACCGGUGUCAAACGUGCUGCGGCCGAGGGAAGGUCGUCUGCUGCCGCCGUAUCACCGACUACCACUGCCAAUCCUGCGCCUGUCGCUGCCCAUCCUGCUCCUGCCGCUGCCGAACCUGCUCCUCUUGCUGCCGAACCUGCUCCUCCUGAGGAGGAAGAAGAGGGCGAGCUCUUCGGGGACGUCAUUGCGCAACCGCUCCAGGGAAACGGCCAGCGUGGUCUCACCCUCUAUGCCCGUACCAUGAAGCAGGCGGGCGUUAAUCCCAGUCCAGAGGCCGAUAAGUUUCAUCCCGAAUCGCGCCCAAACCCGGUCAAUCCGAGCCUUCGUGCGCAGGCUGCAAUUGCUCGCGAAGCUGUCGAGACGCUGCAGACCGACUGCAAGACCAAGGACCUGCAGAUCCUUAAAGCUCUUGGCAUCGCCGGUUCUCUCGCCGAUGCUGUGCUCCUGCAGAAGAUUGUUAAUCUUGAUUUCGAGAGAAUGAUGUCGGAAACUGUCAACGAUUUCCUCUUCGACGGUGACCACGUCAACAUGUCGCCCAGGAGGAGUGAUUUUGUACAACGCCUUGUUGCUCAUGCAGGUUUCACAGCAGGCAGCGACGAGGCAACGAGGCUGGUGGCGCACAUGAAAGACAAAGACAUCAUAAAAAAGACGGAGAAGCGGUUCAACAACCGCAUUGGCAAGAUCUACGGCGCCUGCAGGAGGAGCUUGCGACUGAUACAGGGCGUGCGGCUGUUCGUGAUUAAGCGUGCGCCAAACGGGACCAUUCGAGCAGUGGAGCCGGACGACUUCGCCACCCGCUGCCAUAGUUACGUGGCUGUCCCAGCAUUCAUGGCGUGUGCGCGCCAGUUUGUGACACAGGAUGACCCAGACCGCCCACUUGGGAUCUAUGCGUCACAGCUCCUACUCAUUCUGGCAGUCGUUCGUUUUAAGCUUCGUCACCCCACUUGCAACAAGCUUCAGCUUGGUCGCUCUGGCGACACCCUCGCCAUCUCCAGGCAAGCGCGCAUUGUGCAGCGCUAUAUCAACAGCAUGGGCCGGACUGAGGGCGAGUUCAUAGGCAUAGGGCGGAUCUGUAUUGCGCAGUGGGUGACCAUCCCCCAGGAGGUUCUGGAUGCGGAUGUAUUGGGGGAUGAGGAUGCGGAGGAUGAGUUCGAUGAUGAUGAGGUGGUAGAUGAGGAUGCUGAUGGUGAAUCUUGA